GCGUCAUCAUAGAAACAGAUCCGGCAGUGAGACCAAGAUGACCCCUUUUCACACCCUUUUAUGAGCUUUGCAAUGGAGGUCCGGUACAAAGUAGUUUGUCUUCGGACAUUAAAAGUAUUCAUCUCGGCGGUUCUGGCUGUCGCGUAUGGUGUGGAAUAUGUCCUUGCUCCUCAAGGGCCACGGGAAGCCACUGCUGGAAGUUCUCCUACCCUCAACUGCAGCUACACAUUCAGGGACAAUGCUCAGCUCAGGGUGACAUGGUGGUUUGGCCAAACAGCUGAGCUGACCUAUAAGAUUUCCGAACAAAUACAGCGCUCCUCUAGCCUGGCCUUCACCAAUGAAAUGAAGCCUAGGAACAAUGAGAUGGUGGUAGACCAGCUGAUGGGGGACAAUUGGUCCACACUGGAGCUGAAAAAUGUCACCCAGAAUUACAGUGGAUGGUACUUCUGCGAAGUGACUGUAGAGAUACCAAAACUUCAAUCAAUCUGCAGCAAUGGAACAAAGCUCAGUAUCAUAGCCAAAGACACUGUCCCCUCUAUUCGCCCAGCUGUUGCAGAGGAAGGUGCAAACUGGCUGCUGGGGGUGACAUUGGGAGCUGGGACUGUGCUGCUGGUUCUGCUUUCAGUGGGCAGCAUCUGGAUGCUAUACAGAAGAAUAAAAGGCAGGGUUACGGAGAACCCCAUCUAUGAAAAUAUGUAUCCAGUGAGGAAAAGUCAAGCUUUACCAGGUGGGAGGCAGCCGGUCACCUUGCAGACACCGCAAAAGAAACCACAGAAGAAACCGGUGGGAACCCGCGAGGAAUCUUCUGACGUCAAACUCCCCAGGCUACAUUUUUAACUGCAAAAACAUGUUUUAUAUAAAUAUCUAUAAAUUUGAAGUUGUUUUGCUUUUUACAUUCAAGUCAGUUGUCUGCUACAUGCUUCGGCCAUGGACAGUAAACACAACGGCUUCUGGAUCAGCACAUCCCUCCCUAUUAAAGACACUCUUUAAACAGUUCAGUUUAACUACGAACAGUUUUCCUGUUCAGUACAGAUGCUAGCUGCAAAAAGCUUUCAUCGUAUUAAGUGUCAGCUUUGGAGGAGGCAGGCCUAUAUGUGGGAGGCUGUAUGUAGGUGACCUGUAUGUACAGGUCGUAGGAUUCCAUCGCCGUCAUAAGCACAUCACACCGACUGCACAGAGACUCCGGAUUCAAGCUGUACAGUAGUCUUUGAUUUGCUCACUGAAACAAGAUGGCAUGCUGAAUUUCAGUUUUGCAUAUUAGCGGAAAGUAUAGUGAAUUAUAACAAAAACUCGUGAAUUGAAAAUGAAAAAUUAAACAUUGAUGAAGUUCUGUUUCUGAUUAAUGCAGUGAACAGAGUAGCUUCUAACUUUGUUUAUCCUCAACGAUGCUGUCAUACAGGUUGGAAUAACGUCUCUUUCCUAACAAUCUACUAGUAGGGCUGUCGCGAUCAAGAAAUUUUUUUGUCGCCGAUUGUCAUACCAAUAAUUGAGAUUUGUCAGAAGAAAAAGGAUCAGAGGAAAAUGUACAAAAUAACGUACAUUUCUCUAGUUCUUUGUACUAUUCACAUAAUUUACCGAAUUUGCUGCAGCUUAUCAUAAUGCAUUAUGAUACAUUCAUCAAGUAUUAUAAACACAGCUAUGACUAUUUAUAAAUAUAAAAUUUAUAUUUAUAUAACACAAUAUAGCCAUGUUUAUUAUGCUCUAUGAAGUUCUCACCUAUACUACAUCCUUAAUUAUAUGCAUCCUUAAUUCUUAUACCGACCAGUAUAAUGCAUAAUGAAGGUGUCUAUAAUGCAUCAUGAUAACUGCUUUAAGUAAAGCAUUACCGGUUAUUCUUCCAGCUUUUCAUAAAAAGACUCAUAAGUUUCCUUAAAGUUAGUGAAAUGUUACCUGAUAUUGUAAUUAAUAUAAUUUAGGCCUAUUUAAUUUUAACAAGAAAAUGCUGUACAAAACCUGUAUAAAAUAAUUUUUUCAGUAGUGCCUCAGAUUUCAUUUCUAUUUUUCAUUUUUUCUUGUUAGCAAAAAUUACCCAUCUUGCAUUAUAGACAAGUAAUGAUGAAUUUUUAGCAUAUACUGUAUUCUGUAUGGGGUCCCCAGAGGCUAAUAACUGCAAUCCCUCUGUAGGUAAUCGCUAAUUCUUUUUUUUCUUUUUGUCGUAUGUGACACAUGUCAAACUGCAGUCCUGGGGGGCCGGAGCCCUGUGUGGCUUAGUUCUUUCUUUGUUUCACCAUAAAUAAUUAAGCUCAAGAGCUGUGUGGGAAUUAGCAUAAGGAGUUGAAUCAGGUGUGUUAAAUGAGGGGAAACCCAAAAAUGUGCAGGGCUCUGGCCCCCCAGGACUGGAGUUUGACACCUGUGCACUACUGGAUCAGUAUGGUACAGAAAAUGAAUGGAUCUUCAUAUUAGGAAUUUAUUAAGGCAUAUUAACAAUAUACAGUACCAUGCAAAAGUCUUAGGCAGCCAAAAAAAUUAUGUUUAAAUAACUGUCAUGUUGGUGUAAAACUAUGCUGUUAACUAUGACGUUUUUGCUACGAUGCUGGGAGGGAGCAAAAACGUGGAAUGUCUGGGGUCCCCGAGAACCGUGUUGGGAAACACUGGCUGAGGUUAAUGCACAGGUUUAAGUUUUAUUAUCCGCAAUAUUUAAACCAGCUUUUUAGCAUCUUUAAGCAGCUGAGUUCUGGCUGGAUUCAGACUCAAACCCUGACACUGCUGCCCACUUGGAAUCUGCCACUUCGUCAUUUAUGUUAUACUGCGUCAUUGACUGAGCAACCAAUUAAACGUUCUGUAGAUUCAACCCAGUGUUCGGUGUUGAUGUGACAGAUAUGUUUUUCUCGUGUUACAACUUCUGCCUGGAAGAAGGGGAACUCAAAUGUAGCAUUAAUCCCCCUCAGAGAUUCUGCUUUGUUAUGGUGGGUGUGUGUCAUGCACAGGGGCACUAUUAUUGUAGUUAUUUAAAGGAUGGUGCGUUUGUGGCUUUAGCAGUUCGAUUGUGUGAGACACCACUGCCACAAACUUCACGGCGCACGGCUGCACUUGGUUACAUGGUGAAUGUCGCCUGGAGGGACGACAGGAUACAUCUGUAAAACAAUAUACAGUACAGGCCAAAAGUUUGGACACACCUUCUCAUUCAAUGUGUUGUCUUUAUUUUCAUGACCAUUUACAUUGGUAGAUUCUCACUGAAGGCAUCACAACUAUGAAUGAACACAUGUGGAGUUAUGUACUUAACAAAAAAAGGUGACAUAACUGAAAACAUGUUUUAUAUUCUAGUUCUUCAAAAUAGCCACCCUUUGCUCUGAUUACUGCUUUGCACACUUGCUAAACACCUCUGGGAACUCCUUCAAGACUGUUGGAAAACCAUUUCAGGUGACUACCUCUUGAAGCUCAUCGAGAGAAUGCCAAGAGUGUGCAAAGCAAUAAUCAG